AUGCCUCCUAAGUUCGAUCCUAAUGAGAUCAAAAUCAGUAAGUAAACCACAUGGAAUUAAAUCCUACAAUUUCGACUUGAGUUUCUCUUGGUGUCGUGUUAUAAAAGCUUCUUUUUUUGUUAGUCUACCUCAGAGCAACCGGUGGAGAGGUUGGUGCCACAUCUGCUCUAGCACCUAAGAUCGGUCCUCUUGGUUUGGUGAGAAAUACAAUAUUUUUGUUUUAUUUUACCUGGUUCUGAUGAAUUUUUUUCUCGUUUAUUUGUGGUAGUAGUAGACUUGUGAGGACGAAUCUUCUUGCAGGUAGCACAUGUGUAAAAUUCCUGAAUUGAUCAAUAACGUACAUCCUUACUUAAACCUGAUUAAGUCUCAGGAAUGCAAACCAAGGUUCAUUAGUCAACAGAACAUUUUAAUAAAAAUAGAUAAUUAUACCUCACAUGUAAACAUUAUACUAUUUUUUUGUAACUGCAUCAUUUGUUAUUCAACUUUCAGUCACCCAAAAAAGUUGGAGAUGACAUCGCCAAGGCAACAGGGGACUGGAAGGGGUUACGUAUCACUGUCCAGUUGACAAUCCAGAACAGGCAGGCCAAGGUGUCAGUUGUACCAAGUGCAUCAUCACUCAUCAUCAGAGCUCUGAAAGAACCACAAAGGGAUCGCAAGAAAGUCAAAAAUAGUUAGUAAUCUACUUCUGUGUUCUCAGUGGUGUAAUGGGUGAUUGAUACCAUCCUUUAGUUUAACCCUUUAAACCCUAAGAGUGAUCAGCAUCUAAGUUCUCCUCACAAUUGUAAUGCUAAAUCAUCUAUCAAUAUCAUGAGAAUAUUAAAAAAUGAUUGCAAACCCAAGAAGCUUUGAUUACUAAAUGCUUUCCCCUCGUCAGUAUCAAAGGAAGUGUACAGAGAAGAGUGUAGAAGAUAUGGUUACUGGUUUUAGGGUGUAAAGGGUUAUCCAUUUAUAUGAAGAACAGUAUUCUCCCAUUCAUGUGGUAACCAGCAUAAUUUACUAAAAUUGCAUGGAAUUCUUUAAAAUACUGAAUUAAAUGAUGUCACAUGAUGCACUCUGAUUGGUUAGCAAACUUUCAUUUAUUAUAUGUUAAAUCCUUAGCCUUAGUCACUCUAUGUUGAUGAACUAGCAUUCAGCUCAUUGGUUAUAAUUGUUCCAAGUGUUCUUCUAACAUCUCUGUGGGUUAUUACAUGUAUGCUAGGACAUUAAAUAUAGGGUGCAGUCUUUUGCUUAAAUUGGUAAUUUGGACCACUCAAACAACUAAGACCAACAACAUUUACAGGCUUGUUCUAAUUCUGAAUUCUGUGGGAAUUUGCCAAAUUGUUCAAGUUGAGAUUACCUGGAGUAAUACACUGACUUUUGUUUCUGCAGUAGGAGUAAGAUUGGCAAAACUCAGGGUGAAAUGCUGAUUUGGCUCUAACCUGUUUACUCCCAUGAUCUUGUUAGUACUUCUCCUUACCAUCUGCCAUACAAUUGUUAGGAUGUUCAUUGGGAGAAUUCGGUAUCAGAUCAACUAAUAAUCCUCAUCAUUCUCAUCACUUAUUUGAUUGAUUUUCUAUUGAUGUUGUGAGGAGCAAUUCUGUCUUGGUCUUUUAUGGAAGUCAGGGUUUAUGUCAUCUGUAAAUACCAAACUAUUCUAUUGAUUAAUGAUCAGUAACAAGAAAAGGGAACCAUGUACUCAAACUGAGUGGCUUGAGCAUACAUGUAACUAAGUAAGUUUUUGUGAGGUUGAAAUAUGGUUUAAUUUCCCCCUGCCUAGAUGCAAUGCCAUACCAUUGCAGGCUAAGCAUUCCUCAACACUUUUUCAGAAUUUGGUCUUGGUCCAAAAACAACCUCAGGGUAUUGGUGUAAGAAUUAUGUUUGAGUUUUGCCUGGCUGGAAUGCUUGUUCAGCUGAGUUUAUCUUAACAUUAUGUGAAGUUUCCAUAACCCUUUAUGACAAUCUUUUUUUGGUUCUGAUAAAGAACUUGGCACUAAAACAUUGUGUUCUGAUAUCCAAAUGAAUUUUUUUAUUGAACAGUCAAACACAAUGGUAAUUUGACCUUGGAUCAAAUUAUUGAGAUUGCCAAAACCAUGAGGCCACGAUCAAUGGCUCGAUUACUGUCAGGUACUGUCAAGGAGAUCCUGGGAACAUGUCAAUCAGUUGGCUGCACAGUAGAUGGACAGCCUCCUCAUGAUAUCAUUGACAAGAUAGAUGACAAUGAAAUCGAAAUUCCGGUAGGUAUUAAGCUGCUCUUAAUCAAUUAUAUUUUAAUUGUUUUGAGCAUGAAUUUCCAUUUCCAGAGCCAUAUCAGGAUGUCAAUGCAUGUCCUUGUCUCUGCUGACUUGCAGUUUUCUUUCUGGUUGAUUCAUGUUAAUAUCCAAAGUCAGUUGCAGCUAAUAAAUGAUGGUCAAAUUCUAUUUUCAAUCAGUUCACAGGUAAUUUGUACCAGCAAACAUGUACUUGCCUGUAGCUCAGUUAGGAUGCCAUCAAACUAUAAAUUUGGACUUGAAUGCAAUUCCCAAGGUCUUUAUUUGUAUUACACGGGCCAAAUUGGAUGUAAACUUGAACUUGGUCAUAGCAUACUUGGUAGUAGGUGUUUAUAACCAAGUUUAAUUGGUUGACAACCUUAUAUUGAUUGAAUACAGGUGCAGUUAGGAGCUAACGAAGUAAUGUCAUUGUCUAAACACCACCCUUAUCAUCAUGAAAUUUCAAGGAAUAUUUUCAUUCUCAUUCAUUCUGUUUUCUUUUCUUUUUUUUUAAGGAGGAAUAAACCUUGGUUCUCAAUAAAGAAUAAAAAAGAAAAUAAAAUAUUCAAACC